AUGAAGGUUUCAUUGCAGCUUCUGGAAGUAAACAGAAGCCAAGGUCUCGUUCUGGGAAUCUACUCAAGUGAAAAGGAUGAAGGUGCUGCCCAGUUCACUAGUGCGGGAGAUGCUUUUGAUAGACUUGUGUCUGGAAAGCUGAGGGAACUUCUGUCCCUGUGUGGGCCACCUUUGAAAAAAGGCAAAACACGCAUAUUCCAUGGUUUGCAUCAGGACUUUCCAAGUGUGGUUGUAGUUGGCUUGGGUAAGAAGAAUCCUGGAGUAAAUGACCAAGAAAACUGGAAUGAAGGCAAAGAAAAUAUUCGUGCAGCUGUUGCAGUUGGCUGUAGACAGAUCCAAGAUCUGGAGAUCCCUUGUGUUGAAGUAGACCCCUGUGGAGAUGCUCAUGCAGCUGCAGAAGGUGCUGUCCUUGGAUUGCAUGAAUAUAAUGAGCUGAAGCAAAAGAAGAAACCUGUAGUUACUCCUCAGCUUCAUGGAAGUGCUGAAAGUGAAGCGUGGCAAAGAGGUGUUACCUAUGCUGAGGGUCAGAAUCUUGCUCGGUACCUUAUGGAGGCUCCAGCUAAUUAUAUAACUCCAAUCAAAUUUGCCGAACAUAUUGAACAGAAGCUCAGAAGUUUCAGCAAUGUGAAGGUCCAUAUAAGACCGGAGUCUUGGAUAGCAACACAAGAGAUGGGAGCAUUCCUGAGUGUAGCUAAGGGUUCGGCUGAACCUCCCAUCUUUCUGGAGAUUCACUAUUUAGGUGGUGCUAAUACAAAUGACUCCCCAUUGGUAUUCGUAGGAAAAGGAGUUACAUUUGACAGUGGUGGCAUUUCACUGAAGCCAUCUUCGGGUAUGGAUGCGAUGAGAGCAGAUAUGGGAGGGGCAGCAACUGUCUGUUCAGCCAUUGUGACAGCAGCAGCUUUAAAUCUACCUCUUAACAUAAUUGGUUUGGCACCCCUCUGUGAAAACAUGCCCAGUGGUAAGGCAAACAAGCCUGGGGAUGUAGUUAGAGCCAAGAAUGGAAAAACAAUACAGGUAGAUAACACAGAUGCAGAAGGAAGACUGCUGUUAGCUGAUGCCCUCUGUUAUGCCCACAAUUUUAAGCCAAGGGCUAUUGUGAAUGCUGCAACAUUAACAGGUGCCAUGGAUGUUGCAUUGGGGUCUGCUGCAACUGGAGUGUUCACAAACUCAUCUUGGCUUUGGACUCACCUUUAUGAGGCCAGUGUUUUGACAGGAGACAGAGUUUGGAGAAUGCCUCUUUUUGAACAUUACACAAAACAAGUAACAGACUGUCCUCUUGCAGAUCUGAGUAACAUUGGAAAAUACAGCAGAGCUGGAGGAGCAUGCACAGCUGCUGCAUUCCUGAAGGAAUUUGUGACUGCCUCUCACUGGGCUCAUUUAGAUAUAGCUGGUGUGAUGUCGAACAAAGAUGAGGUGCCCUAUCUUCGAAAAGGCAUGGCAGGACGGCCCACAAGAACACUAGUGGAGUUUGCGGCUCGAUUAAGUCAAGACGGUCGCAAUACCAAAUAAAA